AUGCUCGCUUUUUUUUACACCUGCGCUUUCGUGUGUGCCGCGUGGCUACCCUUCGUGUGGCACCACAGGGAGAUCCACGGCGUGGUGAGCGUCACCCACUGCGCGCUGACGCUGUUCAACGCCGUCAACCUCCUCAUCUGCCUGUGGGAGAACGCGCUCUUCAUCCAUCGGGCGAAGGUCAGGCGGGUGUACCUGAGGUUCAAGAAGCAGGUGGGCGACAGGAACUUCCCGUCGCCGCUUUGCCUGUUCGAGAACAUCACCCUACGUCAGGCGCUGUCGUACGAGUACUGGAGCGUCAUAUGGAGCACCUACUCGCUGCUGGACCCGAGCUACAGCGAUCAGAAAUCCUUCGGGUUUUGGAUCGACAGCGGCAACGGCGUGGUCACCGUCGCGCCCACGCUGCUGCUCUCGUGGUUCGCCACGUGGGACGCGCUCCCGCACGGGCUCGGCACCCUCUCCCCGAGGUUCAUCGGCGCCCUCGGGAUGACGUUCAACUGGCAGAUGCUCUACGGCACUUUGCUGUACUUUGGCAACUACGUAUUACAGGGGUAUUACAGGGGCACGUCCGGGGCGUACGUGGCUGUGGUGUGCGUCGCCAACGGGAUCUGGAUCGCGUUUCCGGCGUGGUGGAUGUGGGUGUGCUGGGGGAUCGUCGAGUCGAACUCGUUCGCGUCGCUCAGGACGUGAGGUCGUUCAAGCGGGGGGCGCGGCGUCGGCGCAGUUGAGUUUAUUGGCAAUUUUUGGCGACGCUAAAACUAAAA